AUGGAAGAAAUUACAAAAUUAAUUUCAAAGAAAUUAAAUUCAUUAGGAUUUGAUUUAGUAAAACCCUUCCCAACACAAAGAUAUAAUGAAAAUUUGCCGGCAAACUGUAAAUAUGAACCCUUACCAACCUUCUCACAAACAAAAUCGACUUUAUCAAUUCUUGUAGGAAACACUAAAUAUCUUUGGCCAAAGUUUUUAAAAUAUUAUUACACCGAAAUCUUCACUCGAUAUAGUCAUCCACGCUAUACAACUUCAAGUAAUCACUGUGCGAGUUCAACAAGUUAUUCCGAAGGUAGUGAUAAUGAAGAAUAUAAACAACAAAAUCCGUUAGAUUAUUAUACUAGAGUAAGCAUGGAGUCAAUUAUUGAAGAAAUAAUUCAAGUAAAUAAUUUAAAAUAUGAUGUUAGAUAUCCAUUUGAUUUAAAUGAAAAAAGAUUUGUCGCAUUUCAAGUCAUGGCGGAGAAUGCAUCACUUGCCUAUUAUAACAGAGUUUGUUUUUUAAAUAUUCACGAAGAAUAUGGACCUUGGAUUGGCUUAAGAGCUGUAAUUACUCUUGACAUGGAAGGUCCUCCUAAUUCUUCUCAAUUAUUUCCUGAAUUAAAAAAUCCUUUUCCUGAAGGUGAUAAAAUAUUGGAAAGAAAGCUGUCAGAAAUUUUUGGCUCAAAGGAUCAUUAUUAUCAUCAGCAACCAGAUGAUCCUGAGACAAUGGAUGUCAAUCAGAAAGAUGGAAACAACAUUUCGGAUAUGAAAUUGGAAAUAAAAAAUGAAUGGUAUAAAUUUGUUGAAUUGAGAGAUAUUGCUUCUAGAUUCAUGGAUAAAAAAUCACUAGAUAAUUGGCGAUAUUCAGAAGAUCAAAUGGAAUAUCAUUAUACAAAUAAUAUUGAAUUUUUAAAUAAUUUGUUCAAUUAA